UCCUUCCUGCCUUCAAACUUGCAUAUCAGUACCCUCACUCAUCUCAUUUGUACAACACGUACCAGAGAAACGCUAUGGAGCAGUUCAAAGGCCAACCUCGCCUCCCCAAAUUCGCCGUCCCGAAACGCUACGAUAUACGCCUCAAACCGGAUCUCUCCGCCUGCAACUUCGCCGGCCUUGUCUCCAUCGACCUUGACAUCGUCGCCGGCACCAAGUUCAUCGUCCUCAAUGCCGCCGAACUCUCCGUCGCUAGCGACUCCGUAUCCUUCACCCACCGAGGCUUCUCUAAGGUGUACAUGUUGAGGCCUUCAAACAUUGAUUUGGUUGAAAACGACGAGAUUUUGGUUUUAGAGUUCGCUGAAACACUUCCGAUUGGGAUAGGAGUUCUGACGAUCGGAUUUGAAGGAACUUUGAACGACAAAAUGAAGGGUUUCUACAGAAGUACAUAUGAGCAUGAUGGUGAGAAGAAGAACAUGGCCGUUACGCAAUUUGAACCAGCUGAUGCUCGGCGAUGCUUUCCGUGUUGGGAUGAACCUGCUUGCAAGGCUACAUUCAAAAUUACAAUAUUGGAUGUGCCAUCUGAACUAGUAGCUCUUUCCAACAUGCCUAUUAUUGAAGAAAAAGUUGAUGGGCAUCUAAAGACAGUUUCAUAUCAAGAAUCGCCAAUAAUGUCCACAUAUUUGGUGGCAGUAGUUGUUGGUUUGUUUGAUUAUGUGGAAGAUCAUACAUCUGAUGGGGUCAAAGUUCGAGUAUACUGUCAGGUUGGUAAGGCAAAUCAAGGGAAAUUUGCUCUGGGUGUUGCCGUCAGGACACUUGAAUUAUACAAAAAUUACUUUGCUAUGCGUUACACUCUGCCCAAAUUGGAUAUGGUUGCAAUCCCUGAUUUUGCUAAUGGGGCCAUGGAGAAUUAUGGUUUAGUCACAUACCGUGAAACAGAAUUGCUCUAUGAUGAUCAGCAUUCCGCGGCAUCCAAUAAACAGUGGGUUGUGAUUGUCGUAGCCCAUGAACUGGCACACCAGUGGUUUGGCAAUCUUGUAACAAUGGAAUGGUGGACACAUCUGUGGCUGAAUGAGGGGUUUGCAACAUGGGUUUCUUAUUUAGCAACUGAUAGCUUGUUCCCAGAAUGGAAUAUAUGGACUCAGUUUCUUGAUGAACUUACAGAGGGUCUUAAGCUGGAUGGGCUUGCAGAGUCCCAUCCCAUUGAGGUGGAGAUAAAUCAUGUUGCCGAGACCAAUGAAAUUUUUGAUGCAAUAAGUUACAGAAAAGGUGCAUCUGUCAUUCGGAUGUUGCAAAGCUAUCUCGGUGCUGAAUGCUUUCAGAGGUCACUUGCUUCAUAUAUCGAAAAGUAUGCUUGCUCGAAUGCAAAGACAGAAGAUUUAUGGGCUAUCCUUGAGGAGGGAUCUGGUGAGCCUGUGAAAAAACUAAUGAAUUUGUGGACAAAGCAAAAAGGAUACCCAGUUGUCUCUGUCAAAGUCAAAGAAAACAAAUUGGUGUUCGAACAGUCGCAAUUUUUGUCAAGUGGUUCCCAUGCGGAUGGACAAUGGAUUAUCCCAAUAACAUUGUGCUGUGGCUCAUAUGAUAUGCACAAGAAUUUUCUACUGCAAACAAAGUCUAAAACUCUUGAUAUCAAGGAAUUCCUGGGUGAUAAAACGGAUGCCACAUCUGCUUGGAUAAAACUUAAUGUGGAUCAGACUGGUUUCUAUAGGGUGAAAUAUGAUGAGGACCUGGCAGCUAGACUUAGAUAUGCAAUAGAGAACAAAUUCUUAUCUGCAACAGACAGAUUUGGAAUUCUGAAUGAUUCAUUUGCACUUUGUAUGGCUCGCCAGCAGUCUUUAUGCACAUUGCUUACCUUGAUGGGUGCUUACAGGGAGGAACCUGAAUAUACCGUGCUGUCUGAUUUGAUUAGUAUGAGUCAUAAAGUUGCAACAAUUGCAGCUGAUGCGACCCCUGAGUUAUUGGACUACGUUAAACAGUUUUUUAUUAGCCUUUUCCAGUAUUCUGCGGAAAAGCUCGGAUGGGAGCCUAAGCAUGGGGAGAACCAUCUAGAUGCAAUGUUGAGAGGAGAGAUUUUGACUGCGCUUGCUGUGUUUGGACAUGAACUGACACUAAAUGAGGCAAAUAGGCGUUUUCUUGAAUUCUUGGAUGACAGAAAUACACCACUCCUCCCUCCUGACUUAAGAAAGGCAGCUUAUGUGGCUGUAAUGCAAAGAGUCACCAGCUCAAACAGACUGGGUUAUGAAUCUCUUCUAAGAGUUUACCGGGAGACUGAUUUGAGCGAGGAGAAAGCACGCGUUCUAAGUUCAUUAGCAUCUUCUCCUGAUCCCAAGAUAAUUCUUGAAGCUCUUAACUUUUUGUUGUCUUUUGAGGUUCGUAGCCAAGAUGCUGUUUGUGGACUUCCUGUUAGUAGAGAAGGACGUGAAACAGCUUGGACGUGGCUGAAGGAUAACUGGGAGCAUAUUUUCAAAACCUGGGGUUUCGGAAAUCUAAUAACUCAUUUUGUCAGUGCAAUUGUCUCGCCGUUUACUUCAUUUGAGAAGGCCAGGGAAAUAGAGGAGUUUUUUGCAAGCCGUACUGAGCCGUCAAUGGCUAGAACCUUGAGGCAGAGCAUGGAGCGGGUUUCCGUUAAUGCAAAUUGGGUUUUAAGUGUUCAGAAAGAGGAACAUCUUGCCAACACCGUGAAGGAAUUGGCACAGAGGAACUAGUAGGAGACACUUGUUUGGCCAUUAUUCUCAAGAAAAAAACAACCAAAUCAAAUUUCACAGCUUAAAAUCUGUCAGAACAUGGGAGAGGACAUGCAAACAUUAGUCUAUUGAGAAUAUAUCUUAUGGAGUUUGAUGUUUCUAAUUAUGGCUUUUGCCUUUAUUUUUCUAGGUUUUAUUUUUCUUGCAUGGAUGAUGGUUGAUGGAUGAUGGAUGAAACUUGAAUGGUUUGUUCUUAUC